UUAUGUGUGUAUGGUUGACCUUCUUACCUGUGCUGGCUAUCUGGAGGGCACCCUAAACUUUAUCAUUAAGAUGCCAGUUAAACCUGUGGUGGUUGUGUGGAUGUGUUUUCUUGGUGGCUGCAGCUCACAUAUGAUGGGUUCGCGCAGUUCUCAACGAGAGAGAACGCACAGCUCCAGAGACAGGUGCAGGGCCACCAAAAUGGAAAUUUGACAGAGCGCAGUCGGUAGAAAAACAUGGCCAACAAAAAAAGGGCCUGCGGAGUGAGAGCAACAUUUGGCAAAAUCAUAGGACAGAUUGCAGAGUAUGGAGCUAGGAAGGACUCUUGGCGAGGGGAAAUUCGCAAAGGUUAAACUCGCCAUUGACGUGGAAACAGGACAGAGCUAUGCCGUGAAAAUCUUGGACAAGGAAAAGGUUUCCCGGUGCAAAAUUGUGAAUCAUAUUAAAAGGGAAAUAUGCAUGCUGAAGCUCAUUAAACAUUCUAAUGUCAUGAGAUUAUACGAGAUUUUGGCGAGCAGGAAGAAGAUAUAUAUUGUUCUCGAGUUUGUUACCGGGGGAAAUUUGCUUGACAAAAUUAUUGAGGCGAGUAACGGAGAACUCCAUGAAAACGUAGCGAGAAAGUAUUUCCAGCAGCUAAUUGAUGCCGUCGGAUAUUGCCACAGCAGGGGUGUCUACCACAGGGAUUUGAAGAUUUUCUCUUUGCAGGAAUAUAUAACAAUAAUGAUUGAAACUGAAGAUGAUGCUAUGCAUUCCAAAUGGCAUGAUUCACCCAUGGAGCUCCUUGUGCGCAUUCUUGUCCUUGCGGAUGACCGCUCUAUCAUUGUUGCCUCAGGUGUAUGCACUGGCUGGAGAGAUGCAAUCUGUGUUGGUGUUCAAGAUCUUUCACUUUCAUGGUGUAAGCGGAACAUGAGCAACUUGGUUCUGUCAGCUGUUCCUAGGUUCAACUGUUUGCAAUCUCUUAAUUUAUGCCAGAAUCAACACCAACUCAAUGAACAAGCAGUAGAAAUAGUGGCAAAGCAUUGCCAUGAUUUGCGUGCUAUAGAUCUUUCAAACAACACACAACUGACAGAUAAAUCUCUAGAGGCAUUGGCACGUGGUUGUAGUCUACUAGAAAAGCUUAACAUAAGUGGAUGUUCUGGAGUCAGCGAUCAUGCACUUAUCUUUCUAUCAGAGCAGUGCAACAAAUUGAGGCCUCUAAAUUUGUGUGGCUGCGUUAGAGCUGCAUUUGACAGAGCUUUACUGGCACUGGCUCAUAAUUGCUGCCACUUGCAAUCUUUGAAUCUGGGUUGGUGUGAGAUGGUUACUGAUGUUGGUGUUACAGGAUUGGCACAAUGUUGCCCUGAGUUAAGAGCUCUAGACCUGUGUGGUUGUGUGUUAAUAACAGAUCAAAGAGUUAUUGCAUUGGCUGGAAAUUGCCAUGACUUAAGAUCAUUGGGACUGUAUUACUGCCAAAACAUCACAGAUACUGCCAUGUACUCACUAGUAAAUAAUGGUAUAUAUAGAUCAAACAAACAAAAUCCCAAACACAAGAGUGGCAAUAAUAAAUUCAACACUGAGCCAGUAUAUCAGGCAAUUGUAGCCCAGGGCUCUCCAAGAUGUGGGCUUGGUGGCAGUGCAGGAAGUUGCAGCAGUAAUGAUCGCACUGCAGCUACAAGUUGUGAUUACAUGGAAUCUAUUUUGAAUGACCAAGAAGAACAUGGUCUAGGGCAUUUAAACAUUAGCCAGUGUAAAUCAUUAUCUGAACAUAGUCUCAACAAUGAAAACAAAACGAAAUUUGUGAAUCAGCCCGAAGAAAAGAUAUCAGAGGAAGUAAAAACAGAUGAUGUUGACACUCAGGGCAUCAAUAUUGUAAUGGAUAAUACCUCUAUUUCAGAAAGCUUUGAGGAGAAGAAAUCUGAAUCUAUAAAUGUUGAGAUCUCUGACUCACCGGUCAAGGUAGUUGACACUCAACAAAAUGUUAAGAUACUGGUAGAGAAUAAGAGUGAGAACAAGGAAGAGGAAGUGGUUAAGGUAGUUGAACAAAUAACAGGAGAAGAGAAGAAAGAUAAUACAGAACCUAGCACUUCUCACAGUACUUCAACUGUGGAUUUCAGACCAACAACUGUCACUGAUGAUUUAGUUGGUGGUCGUCAUCUCCAUCGUAAUCAUCGUGUGUGUGAACAUAAGUGCUAUCGACAAACCAUGGCUCAAGAGCGUGAUGUUGCUCUGCAAGCUGCUGCUCCAUCUGUAGCUCCCAACUCUGUUGCGUCGGCUCUUGCUUUAUCUGAUGCUCCUAUUUCUGCAUCUUCUUCGAUUUUUCUUCCAGUUGCUUUGGGGCCUCUCGAUGAAUCUCCCCCUAAACGGAUGCAGGUGGUGUCCAAUGCAAGUUUAUCUACUUUCCCUGUUUCACAACCAUUCCAGCAUCAGAGCUUCCCUGGAGUCCUUCAGCCUGCUACGGUUGAUAGGAGACCCGCUUCUCCUGUCCGACCCAAACGCAAGCUUGAGCAAGGCUCCGUUCUAGAGUUCCAACGACAAAAAUCCUCGCAAUGCUCACAAGUUUACCAGUGGCAAUUUCGUAGACGUAGACUGAACAAGUCUGCACAUUUUUCCCGCUUCAAUUACAAUCGUCAAAUGUCAUUGCCAUUGCCAUCCUCUACUCGUCUCAAUCUUGCAGCAUUAUGUAGAGAGGGUCAUUUGAAGGAGGCACUGCACAUUCUGCUUACCACACACAACCCCCCUGAAGACUCUUCUACAUAUCUCCAAUUAUUGCAGAUCUGCAUUCUGAAGAACGCGCUUUCAGAGGGGAAAAAGGUCCAUUCUUUCGUCGCCCACAGGGGAUUUGCUCUUGCUACACGUACAACUUUUUAUAAUAAGCUUAUUUACAUGUAUGAGAAAUGCGGAAGUUUGGUGGAUGCUCGUAACGUGUUUGAUCACAUGAGAGAACGCGACAGUGUUUCAUGGAAUUCGAUUAUUGCAGCCUACAGAAGGCAUGGGAAUCCUCACGAGACAGUCACACUGUUUCACCAAAUGCAACGAACAGGUAUCCAACCCGAUCAGUAUACAUUUGCCAGCGUACUCCCAGCCUGUGCCAAAAUGGGAGCUUUGGAACAGGGGAUGGACAUCCAUCAAAGCAUAAAGGAUAGAGGAAUUUCGUCAAAUGUUGUAGUUGCAACUGCGCUGGUAGACAUGUAUGCAAAAUGUGGAAGCAUAGACAAGGCAUGCGAACUGUUUGAAGGAAUGCAUCAAAGAACUGUAGUCUCAUGGAAUGCAAUGAUUGGAGGAUAUGCACAAAUUGGAUUUGUUGAAAAGGCUUUAGAAACUUUCAAGCAAAUGCAAUUGGCAGGUGUAAAGCCAGACUCCACAACCUUUGCCAGCGUACUCCCUGCCUGUGCUAAAAUGGGAGCUCUGGAACUGGGUAUGGGCAUUCAUCAAAGUAUAAAGGAUAGGGGAAUGUUGUCAAAUGUUGUAGUUGCAACUGCCCUGGUGGACAUGUAUACAAGAUGUGAAAAAAUUGAUAAAGCACGUGAACUGUUUGACAAAAUGCCUCAAAGAAAUGUGGUCUCAUGGAAUGCAAUGAUUGCAGGAUAUGUACAAAGUAAAUCUUUUCAAAUGGCUUUAGAAACUUUUCAGCAAAUGCAAUUGGCAGGUGUGAAGCCAGACUCCACAACCUUUGCCAGCAUCCUCUCUGCCUGUGCCAAGAUGGGAGCUUUAGAACAGGGUAUGGAAAUCCAUCAAAGCGUAAAGGAUAGAGGGCUUUUGUCAGAUGUUGUAAUUGCUAGCGCUCUCGUAGAUAUGUAUGCAAAAUGUGGAAGCAUCGACAAGGCACGCGAACUGUUUGACAGCAUGCCUGAAAGAGAUGUGGUCUCGUGGAACGCCAUGAUUGCAGGAUAUGUGCAAAAUGGAUCUGUUGAAAAGGCUUUAGCAACGUUCAAGCAAAUGCAAUUGGCAUGUGUAAAACCAAAUUCCAUAAGCUUUGCUAGCAUCCUUCCUGCCUGUUCCAAAACAGGAGCUUUGGAACAUGGUAAGGACAUCCAUAAAAUCAUUAUGGAAGGGGGAUUUUUAUUAGAUAUUAUAGUUAGAAAUGCUCUAGUAGACAUGUAUGCAAAAUGUGGAAACAUAGGCAAUGCACAUAAAUUGUUUGACAGAAUGCCUCAGAGAGAUGUGGUCUCAUGGACUACAAUGAUUGCAGGAUAUGAACAAAAUGGAUUUGUAGAAAAGGCUUUAGAAACUUUCAAGCAGAUGCAGUUGGCAGGUCUAAAGCCAAAUUACACAACCUUUGCUAGCAUCAUCCCUGCCUGUGCCAAAAUGGGAAAUUUAGAACAGGGUAUGGAAAUCCAUCAAAACAUAAUGGAUAGAAGAAUUUUGUCAGAUGUUGUAGUUACAACUGCCUUGGUAGAUAUGUAUGCAAAAUGUGGAAGCAUAGACAAGGCACACGAAGUGUUUGACAAAAUGCCUCAAAGAGAUGCCAUCUCAUGGAAUGCAAUGAUAAGAGGUUAUGCACAAAAUGGAUUUAUUGAAAAGGCUUUAGAAACAUUCAAGCAAAUGCAAUUGGCAAGUGUAAAUCCAAAUUCUACAACCUUUGCCAGCAUCCUCCCUGUCUGUGGCAAAAUGGGAGCUUUGGAACAGGGUAUGGACAUCCAUCAAAGCAUAAUGGAAGGAGAAUUUUCAUCAGAUAUUAUGGUUGGAAAUGCUCUACUAGACAUGUAUGCAAAAUGUGGAAGCAUAGGCAAGGCACGCGAACUGUUUGAUAGAUUGCCUCAAAGAGAUGUCAUCUCAUGGAAUGCAAUGAUUGCAGGAUAUGCACAAAAUGGAUUUUGCGAGGAUGCUCUCAAAAUCUUUGAAUUAAUGAAGCACUCUGGAACAUAUCCUGACACUGUAAGCUUUGCUUGUGUUCUCUGUGCAUGCAGCCAUGCAGGUUUAGUCAAUGAGGGCUGUACAUACUUAAAUCACAUGAGUAACCUUUAUUGUAUUACACCUACGCUUGAUCAUUAUGUAUGCAUGGUUGAUCUUCUUGCUCGUGCUGGCUAUCUUGAGGACACUUUAAACUUUAUCAUUAAGAUGCCAGUUAGACCUGUGGUUAUUGUUUGGAUGUGUUUUCUUGGUGGCUGUAGAUCACAUAUGAAUAUAACCUUAGGAGUAUUUACAGCAACGCUGCUUUUGGAUUUGGAUCCUAAAAAUGCCGCUACUUACGUUCUUCUCUCAAACAUCUAUGCAGAGGUGGGCAGGUGGGGUGAGGUUCAAAUGGUAAGAAGAGUAAUGAAAGAUAGAGGAAUUAAAAAGAUCCCUGGAUGUAGUUGGAUUGAAGGCAAUAAAAUGGUACAUUAUUUUUGUGUGGGAGACAGAUCGCAUACACAGACAUAGGAAAUCUGUGCAUAGUGGGAGAAAUGGGUUUGGGAGAUGAAAGUUACAGGUAUUUUCCAGAUCCGAGAAUUCACCUAAUGAUGUGGAAGAGGAAGAAAAAUAAUUAUUUCUCUGCCACCAUAGUGAAAAGUUGGCAAUCACAUUGGGUUUGUUAAACACGCUUCUCGUAACAACUAAUAGAGUUGUUGAGAACCAUCAAGUAUGUCCUGAUUGCCACACUGCAACUAAAUUUUAUCUGCAAGAUUGAUGGAGGAGAAUUUUUUUUGAGAGAUGCAAACAGUUUCCAUCAUUUUAAACAUGGACAAUGUUCUUGCGGAGAUUAUUGGUGAUGCUAAAUGAAACAAUCUGAAAAAUAAGCCUGCACUUUAACAAUGUGUGCUGUGUCAGACCUGCAGAAACAAUAAAGGGAAAAUGUUUUAUUUUCAGUUUCUAGAAAGAAACCUGCAAAUGUAAGAAAUGAAAAGCUUGAGGAGAUGGAGGAGAAUGGAGGAAAAGAAAAAGAUCAACCAUUUGAGAUUAAAUUGCACAUUCCAAAUGAGGAAACUUGCCUAGUUAUGAAAUGAAAAAUUGGAGGAGGUGAAGGAUGAAGAAAAACAAAAGGUGAGGAACACUUGAGUAAAUAGAAAGAUGCUUGACCAGCAGGAAAUGGUAGAGGAGGGCUCACAAUCAACCCUUACCAUUUUGGACAGUUUUUUUGUGUGGACCAAUUGUAUCAUCUCUUGUCUGUGUAAUCAACCAUUUGAAAUCAAAUCACACAUUUUAAAUUUUAUGUAGAUUUUGUCUCA